CAACACGUGUUCCGGAUGUUGGAGAACGACCCUAUCUUCGCCCGGCAGCCCGGCGAGGACAUGUCAACGGAGAGGAUGCGUGAGGUCACUUUCCGACGGUGUAAACAGCUGUUCCGGUAUGACUUCUUGACACGCGAUGACAUUAUGGCGAACCCGUGGAGGACGGUAGUGCUCAACGACUGUCUGGGCAUGUACGACUGGUCAUUGGGCGCCAAGUACUUCCUCAACAAAGGGGUGAGUUUAGAUGGAUGGAUGGAGGGAGGGAGGGAGAGAGAGUUGGAGAUAGAUAGUGCUCAAGGACUGUCUGGGCAUGUAUGACUGGUCACUGGGGGCUAAGUUCUCCCUCAACAAAGGGGUGAGGGUUGUCAGUAGUGUUGUCAGUAGUUACAAACCUAAGUUUUGCUAUUUGGUAUUUUAUUAGGAUCCCCACUGCAGCAGCAACUCUUCCUGGGGUCCACACAAAACAUGAAACAUGACAUAAUACAGAACAUUAAUAGACAAGUACAGCUCAAGGACAGAACUACAUCAAUUUAGAAAAAGGCACACGUAGCCUACAUAUCAAUACAUACACACAAACUAUCUAGGUCAAAUAAGGGAGAGGUGUUGCUGAAUCAGUUUUUUUAAACCAGGUUUGCUAUUCAUUUGAGCAAUAUGAGAUGGAAUGGAGUUCUAUGCAAUAAUGGCUCUAUAUAAUACUGUAUGCUUCCUUGAGUUUGUACUGGAUUUGGGGACUGUGAAAGUGAAUUCACCCACUCAUUUUGAUGAUCUCCCAUGCAAGUCUAUCUAUUGCCUCUAAGCUUCAACCUUUAGUCAUAUGCAUGUUGUAUAACCUCCAUAGAGUGUGACAUUAUGCUUGAAUCUUCUCAAGAGUAAUGAUAUGAGCGGUUACAGUAUAAUCAUAUUCAUGUUCUGUUUCAGAUGUUUGGUGCGACAGUGGCCAACUCCGGAUCCCAGAGACACAGCCAGUUUGUGCAGGAUACAGACGACAUGAUGGUAAACAAACAAUAAUCAGCAUACACAUGAAUUGAUAUUUACCUUCUCCCUUUCAAAUGUAUUGGAAUCAAUGUAAACACAUCUUAAAAGUGAUUUCAUAGUUCUUUAUAGUGGCAGGUUAUUGCCGUUCAGUGUGUUAUGCAAAUAAGCUAUUUGACCUGAAUGCUGCUAGCUAUGUCUCUCAUUAGAAUGCUGAAACUAAAAGACAACUUGUUACAUAAAUGGUUAUUUUAUUGCAAUUUAUUAAUUCUACAACAGACUAUUCAUUUCUCUAUUUCAAAAAACAUGUAUCCCAGUGACAGAAAGCUGUUGAAAUACAAUGUAACCGUUGUGGUGUCCCAUGUCCUAAGCUGCACCUGGUAUUGUUUGUGUAUCCACAGACGUUUGGAUGCUUUGCAUUGACAGAGCUGAGCCAUGGCAGCAAUACCAGAGCUAUGAGGACCACAGCCAAGUAUGAUCCCAGCACACAGGUGGGUGGGAUACAGUUCACCGCAAGGCCUCUGACUCCAUUAGAAUAGUAUUGUAUUCUAUACUGAAUAUUGAAUUAUUUGAUCUGUAGAUUUUGAAUGUGUCAGUCUCCUUUUUUAUUUUAUUUCCUUUUGUUUUUGUAUAUUGCAAUUCAGCUUUUAGCUGCGUAUGUAUACAAGAUCAAAUAAACCUUCUAUAUAUAUUAUUAUUAUCAUUAGUCUCUACUAAGAAUACACUAUACUCAAGUGAACUCUCUCUUUCAGGAGUUUGCGAUCAAUUCCCCUGAUUUUGAGGCAGCCAAGUUCUGGGUGGGGAACCUUGGGAAGACGGCUACACAUGCUGUGGUGUUCGCCCAGCUCUACACCCCCGACGGAGCCUGUCACGGCCUGCACUCCUUCAUAGUUCAGGUACAGUGAGCUUACCGUAUUUAAAUUAACUUUUUGCAUACAUGUACUACUUUGUGUCCUCAGAGUUAGCAAUCCUUUAUGAUUUCCAAAAAGCAAUCACAAAACGAAUCUUACAUUUUAAAACUAAAACAUGCUUCUACUAUCUUUGCUGGUGAAACUGUGAUAUUGUAACCUAAAUUAAUGUGUUUGACAGGUAAGAGAUCCCAAGACUCUGCUGGCGAUGCCAGGAGUAAUUGUUGGAGAUAUGGGCAAGAAGCUCGGCCAGAACGGACUGGACAAUGGGUAAGUUCAAUACCAUAUGUUUUAUAGCAAAUAAAACUAUGCAUUUCUCAUCAUCACACCACUGCAUUCUAUGGCAUUCAGUCAAAAUAAGCACCAUUAAUAAUAUUACUAUAAUAUUACUAAAGAGAAAGUAAUAUUCAUUGUGAACUUUGGUGGUGACACUCCGCAAGACCACCAGAGGGCAGUUGAAUCCUACUUUAUAUUAUUAUAGAACUUCCACAAUGUCCUGUGGAACAGACGUUUCAACCAUGAGAAUGUUCUGUUUAAUGAAUGUUCUAAAAUUCUCUCCCGGGGUGUGCAGGAUUUCUACAGUACCAAUGCUUAGAACUAGGCUGUACUGUAUAGAUCACCACACUAAUUAUGAUUUGAAAGGUAUUCCUAAAAUGGGCUCUGACUUUAGUGCAUGUCUUUUGUUUCCCGUACCAGGUUUGCAGUGUUUCACAAUGUCCGAAUCCCUCGGGAGAAUAUGCUGAAUAAGACGGGUGAUGUCACCCCUGAAGGACACUACGUCACACCUUUUAAGGUGAGGAAACACACACACACAUGAACACCUUUCAUGUGUGUGUGUUUGAGGAAGGAAGUAGAAAUCCAAUUUUUACAACUUACUACAAGUACGACUAUGAUCAAAUAUCUACUCUCUGUUCUUCUCUGGCUCAGAGCAUAAUAGUUUGUCGUUGUAAAGUUCUAACCGAGAUUCCAACUCCAACCUUCUAAAGAACUUGGCUAGGCUCUACUCAGUCGUGAGUGGUGGGAUGUCGAAUUAAAACAUAUAAACAAACAUUCUGGUUCGUAGUCUUCAGACCACCACGCCUGAUCUCACAGUAAGACUCUUUCCUCUGUUUUUGUUCCAAACAAACAUGGAUGUGUUUGACCCCACGCGCACACACAAACAUGGAUGGAUUAGACAAACAUGUAAAAAUAAAUUACCAGGGCUCUCUGGGUUCUCUUGAAUGAUGGGAACUUGGCCUGAGGAGGCUUCUGAGAAAACAACUUGGCCGGAGGAGGCUUCUGAGGAAACAAAUAAUGACUGGGGGAGGAUAUAGGCCUUAAAUGUUCUGGGGUUAGUUUCAGUUUCAAGUUUUAUUAGUCGUAUGUACUGGAUACGCAUGGUAUACAUUGUCCAACAGGAUGCUUACUUGCAUGUUCCUUCUAGACAAUGCAACAACAAUAAAAAAGAAUACAAGAUAAGAAUACGAACAUAAAGCAAACGGCUCAGUAGAAUAGAAUAAACAUUUUAGUGUACGUAUAAUACAGGAGUUAAGGAUUGGAUCCCCAGCAAGGCCCUGCAUGCUGCUCAAAAUUGGUACCGUUUUACUCCUGGUUCAGUUGGUAACUAGGAGCCUAGUGGAAGAAGGUUUGAGAAAAAAGGGGUUAGGAAAGUGUUGGAAAAUGCUUCUGUACCCAUGAGACAUGUACAGUUGAAGUCGGAAGUUUACAUACACUUAGGUUGGAGUCAUUAAAACUCGUUUUUCAACCACUCCACACAUUUCUUGUUAACAAACUAUAGUUUUGGCAAGUCGGUUAGGACAUCUACUUUGUGCUUGACACAAGUCAUUUUUCCAACAAUUGUUUACAGAGAUUAUUUCACUUAUAAUGGUCCUCUGUAGCUCAGCUGGUAGAGCGCGGCGCUUGUAACGCCAGGGUAGUGGGUUCGAUCCCCGGGACCACCCAUACACAAAAAUGUAUGCACACAUGACUGUAAGUCGCUUUGGAUAAAAGCGUCUGCUAAAUGGCAUAUUAUAUUAUUAUAUUAUUAAUGUAUCACAAUUCCAGUGGGUCAGAAAUGUACAUACACUAAGUUGACUGUGCCUUUAAACAGCUUCGAAAAUUUCAGAAAAUGAUGUCAUGGCUUUAGAAGCUUCUGAUAGGCUAAUUGACAUAAUUUGAGUCAAUUGGAGGUGUACCUGUGGAUGUAUUUCAAGGCCUACCUUCAAACUCAGUGCCUUGACAUCAUGGGAAAAUCAAAAGAAAUCAGCCAAGACCUCAGAAAAAUAAUUGUAGACCUCCACAAGUCUGGUUCAUCCUUGGGAGCAAUUUCCAAACACCUGAAGGUACCACGUUCAUCUGUACAAACAAUCGUACGCAUGUAUAAACACCAUGGGACCACACAGCCAUCAUACUGCUCAGGAAGGAGACGUGUUCUGUUUCCUAGAGAUGAACGUACUUUGGUGCGAAAAGUGCAAAUCAAUCCCAGAACAACAGCAAAGGACCUUGUGAAGAUGCUGGAGGAAACAGGUACAAAAGUAUCUAUAUCUGUCACGUUCGUUGUGUAAAGGAUCGGACCAAGGUGCAGCGUGGUAUGCGUACAUAGUCGUUUAUUUGAAUAAACACAGACAAAAUAACAAAAUCCAACAGAACGUGAAGUUCAAGAGGCUAAACAUCAAACAAGCCAAACAGAAACAAGAUCCCACAACUAAGGUAUGCAACAUGGCUGCCUAAGUAUGAUCCCCAAUCAGAGACAACGACCGACAGCUGCCUCUGAUUGGGAACCACACCCGGCCAACAUAGAAAUAUAUAAACUAGAUUUCACACCCUGACCAACCCAACUAGAGAUCUCAAUGUCCACAGUAAAACGAGUCCUAUAUCGACAUAACCUGAAAGGCUGCUCAGCAAGGAAGAAGCCACUGCUCCAAAACCGCCAUAAAAAAGCCAGACUACGGUUUGCAUCUGGACAUGGGGACAAAGAUCGUACUUUUUGGAAAAAUGUCCUCUGGUUUGAUGAAACAAAAAUAGAACUGUUUGGCCAUAAUGACCAUCGUUAUGUUUGGAGGAAACAAGGGGGGCUUGCAAGCUGAAGAACACCAUCCCAACUGUGAAGCACGGGGGUGGCAGCAUCAUGCUGUGGGGGUGCUUUGCUGCAGGAGGGACUGGUGCACUUCACAAAAUAGAUGGCAUCAUGAGGAAGGAAAAUUAUGUGGAUAUAUUGAAGCAACAUCGCAAGACGUCAGUCAGGAAGUUAAAGCUUGGUCGCAAAUGGGUCUUCCAAAUUGACAAUGACCCCAAGCAUACUUCCAAAGUUGGCUUAAGGACAACAAAGUCAAGGUAUUGGAGUGGCCAUCACAAAGCCCUGACCUCAAUCCUAUAGAAAAUGUGUGGGCAGAACUGAAAAAGCAUGUGCGAGCAAGGAGGCCUACAAACCUGACUCAGUUACACCAGCUCUGUCAGGAGGAAUGGGCCAAAAUUCACCCAACUUAUUGUGGGAAGCUUGUGGAAGGCUACCUGACACGUUUGACCCAAGUUAAACAAUUUAAAGGCAAUGCUACCAAAUACUAAUUGAGUGUAUGUAAACUUCUGACCCACUGGGAAUAUGAUGAAAGAAAUAAAAGCUGAAAUAAAUAAUUCUCUCUACUAUUGUUCUGACAUUUCACAUUCUUAAAACAAAGUGGUGAUCCUACCUGACCUAAAACAGGGACUUUUUACUAGGAUUAAAUGUCAGGAAUUGUGUAAAUGUAUGUAAACUUCCGACUUCAACUGUAAGGGAGUGGGUCUUAAAAUAAGUACUCUAUACAACAUGAAACUGUUCAUGACCGUAGAAGUCAACAGCAAAGGGACACUUGGACUUGGGGAACUUCACUCUCUACUUUGUUAAUCAGUUGAUUUAGUCUUUGAGUGGGAUUUCCCUCUUGAAUCAGAUUUUAAGUGAAUACUGACUUGACAAGAGUUUUCCACUCUUGCAUACGCCCUAUUUUUCAACUUUUAUUUAAAGGCCCCCACAAAUAAACUAUGAAAACUAUUGAAAAACGGAACAUUUUAAUAUUCUCAUACUCAAACUCAAUGUUAAUCCCUCCCUCCUCUCUCUGUCCCCCAGGACCCUAACAAGCGUUUCGGUGCAUCCCUGGGUGCCCUGUCGGGGGGCAGAGUCUCCAUCUCCAGAAUGGCUGUGGUCAACCUGAAGCUAGCCAUGACUAUAGCUAUCCGUUUCUCUGCCACCCGACGCCAGUUUGGACCCAAAGACGACCAGGAGAUUCCUGUCAUAGAAUACCAGCUCCAGGUAAUGUACAGUUAGUUACCUUUCAGUUGGUCCAUGGUUAUGUUGGUGGACAUAGGUAUAAGCCAGGAGUUUUUCCAAUUUUUUCAGAGACGUUCCUUGGGAUAUGCGUCCCAUUCCAUUGAUGGUUAAAUAUGUCUUCUGUGGACGCCAGAGGGGUAUACUACAAAGCAGAAUCAAUGAGUUAGCCAGCUAAUUUGCCUAAAUAUCCAGAAAUAACUUUGUACUUUUUAGAAAGAUUUACUCAACAUCAAAAAACACAAAUGUUUAGCUUUCUUAAUAAACCAGAAAAUCAACAGUUAUUUUCCUUUUUAAAGUUACCCCGUUGUAGGCAUGUAGCCUAGUGGUUAAGAGCAUUGGGCCAGAAACGGAAAGGUCGCUGGUUCGAAUCCCUGAGCCGGCAAGGUUUAAAAAUCUGCCGUUCUUGAGCAAAGCAGUUAACCCCCAACAGCAACUGCUCCUCAGGUGCCGAUGACGUCGAUUAAGGCAGCCCCUCGCACAUCUGAUUCAGAGGGUUUGGGUUAAAUGCGGAAGGCACAUUUCGUUUGAAUGCAUUCAGUUGUGCAACUGACUAGCUAUCUCCUUUCCCCUCGUCUGGUUGCAGCAAUGGCGUCUGAUCCCAUACCUGGCGGCUGUGUACGCUCUGGACUACUUCUCUAAAUCCAUCUUCAUGAACUUUGUGGAGUUCCAGAUCGGUUUGAUGAUGAAGGACAAGAGCGACAGACAGGUAAAGAAGGGAAGGAGGGGGGGAAAGAGAUGGAGAGACAGAGGAGAGACACGUAGAGAAAGAGGAAAGAAGAGAGAGAGAGAGAGAGAGAGACAAAGGAAGAAAUGAGGAGAGCGAGAAAGAGAGAGUGAGACACACACACAGGGAGAGAGAGGGAGGGGAGAGAGACACAUACACCCAUAGUUAGUUCUGUGUGAUAUGUGUUUUAACUAGGCGGAGCUGGGCAGAGAGAUCCACGCCAUCUCCUGCUCCAGUAAGCCCCUGGGGUCCUGGACGGCUCAGAGGGGUAUCCAAGAGUGCCGCGAGGCCUGCGGAGGACACGGAUACCUGGCCAGUGAGUCACACACAUAAUAAUAUAAUAAUAAAACCCUAGCCACAACCCUAACCCUAUCUUCAUGUCCACAUCCUGGUUCAAACCUAACCCCAGCCUCAACCCUAACCCUAAGUUCAUGUCCACAUCCUGGUUCAAACCUCAGCCUCAACCCUAACCCUAGCUUCAUGUCCACAUCCUACUUCAACCCUAACCCCAGCCUCAACCCUAACCCUAACUUCAUAUCCACAUCCUGGUUCAACCCUAACCCCAGCCUCAACCACAACCCUAACCCUAGCCUCAUGUCCACAUCCCGAUUUAAACCCUUGCCGCAACCACAACCCUAACCCACAUCAAAUCUAUCUCCUAAUAAUGAUGCUGGAUGUUGACUCCCUUGUAGUGAAUCGUCUGGGGGCCAUCAGGGAUGACAACGACCCUAACUGUACAUAUGAGGGAGACAACAACGUGCUCCUGCAGCAGACCAGUAACUACCUCCUCAGCCAACUACACGCCAAACAACACGGUUAGUAUUAAUACCAGGAACACUUUGUUUCAUAGACCGCUUAUAAAUGCUUUAUAAAUCAUUAUGGAACUGCUUUGUAAAUCAUUACAUAUCAUUUUUAGAGAACCUGUGAAAUCCUAAAGACACUGGUUGCAGCUCAUUAUUUGUAUGCUAUUGAAAUAUAUUGAUUUUACGCAUGAGAUUGUAAUGUUAACCGUUUGUCUCACUGUUUUAUGUGCUGGUUUGGUUUUGUUGUUGUUUCAUUAGAUGGAGUGAUGAUUGUCGCCACAUCCAGCUUAUAAACUGCUUAUAAAUGUCUUAUGAAUGUCUUAUAUACUAGUAUUUGUUUGUUGUAGAUGGAGUGAGGAUUGAGUCUCCACUAGAGUCUGUCAACUUCCUGGAAGAAUAUGACAGCAUUCUGGAGACCAGGUUCACGGCAACGUCGGUGGAGGAGUGCAUGGACUCUGCAGGUAACGACACACACACAUACACACACACACACACACACACACACACUUGUCUCUGCAGCUGCAACCACAAACACCUCUCUCUAGUCAGUACUCCGCUCCAUGCAGAGAUUGCUUAUGGCCAGUCAGUUAUGUAAGAUGCCCAGUGUUAUUGUACUACUGGAAAGCGCUUUACUGGAAGCUAUUUGUCAUGAUGCCAGAGGUAACACCCACUCUCCAGCUGUCACAUCUGGUAGAAGGCAAGCAAAGCCUUACUGACCCUCUGAAGGACCCCAUUCCCAGGCCAGGGCAAGCUGCCCCUGGAAGUGCCUGUUUAAAGCCCUCACAAAAUCCCCAUCUUUUAUAUUGUAAUAUAGCUCAACCAUAGCUUUAAUUAUAGAGGGCUGGAACAAAAUCAUCUCAAUCCAAAAAGCAACCUAAACAAAGGCAAAUAGAAUGUGUUGAAUCAAACACAGAUGCACGCGCACACACACACACCGGCUUCAGCUGUGUUUUGCAUGCUGCUUUAGACUGAAUGAAUGCCCUUCCAAGGUAAAGCCGUCCAGACAGCCUCAGUCUCAGAUGAUGUAAAUCUUGGUUAAAGCCUCUCUUUCCUCAUAUGCCACACACACACACACACACACACACACACACACACACACACACACACACACACACACACACAUCGAAGCCUUCUCUCCCCCAUCUGCAAAACAUCUGGUCCAUUUAUUGACAUCAUACCACAGAGGGUGACUCAGCCCGCCGGUCGACGAGCGACCCAGGUCUGCUCUGCCAGCUAAUUGGCUGAAUUGGAACGAGAAAGGGGAAAAAUAAAGGCGGCCAUUUUGUGUACCGGAUCGGUCACUGUCUGUCAACAUCGUACUGUUUGUGUUGCCACAGCCUUGUAUAACCACCAUCGAGCUGUAGGCCUAAGAGCAUAUCCUGUUUAGUCUUAAUACCAUAACUUACUUAGGCCUAUAUUUCAAUACUUCUAUAGGCUACUGUAUCAAUCAUUCAUUCAUUCAUGUCAUCACACAGCAUACGAGUCAUUCAUGAUUUGAAAUGCAAUCAGGCAUUUUAGUUUUAAAAUAAAUAAAGCGAGCCUUGAAUAAUUAGCUUAAACAAUAAAUAAAUGCGACAGUUUUUAGCCUUUGCUGUAAUAAAGGCUUAACAAAUCGUUUUUUUUACAACAGACUCUCUGGUACAGUGCCUUGCAAAAGUAUUCAUCCCCCUUGGCAUUUUUCCUAUUUUGUUGCAUAACAACCUGUAAUUGAAAUUGAUUUUUAUUUGGAUUUCAUGUAAUGGACAUACACAGAAUAGUCCAAAUUGGUGAAGUGAAAUGAAAAAAAUAACUUGUUUCAAAAGAUUCAAAAAAAUUAAUAACGGAAAAGUGGUGCGUGCAUAUGUAUUCACCCCCUUUUCUAUGAAGCCCCUAAAUACGAUCUGGUGCAAUCAAUUACCUUCAGGUCACAUAAUUAGUUAAAUAUAGUCCACCUGUGUGCAAUCUAAGUGUCAUUAGAUCUGUCACAUGAUCUCAGUAUAUAUACACCUGUUCUGAAAGGCCCCAGAGUCUGCAACACCACUAAGCAAGCGGCACCAUGAAGCCCAAGGAUCUCUACAAACAUGUCAGGGACAAAGUUGUGGAGAAGUACAGAUCAGGGUUGGGUUAUAAAAAAAUAUACUUUGGGCCAUCAAGGAAAACGCUAUGUCUGGCGCAAACCCAACACCUCUCAUCACCCCGAGAACACCAUCCCCACAGUGAAGCAUGGUGGUGGCAGCAUCAUGCUGUGGGGAUGUUUUUCAUUGGCAGGGACUGGGAAACUGGUCAGAAUUGAAGGAAUGAUGGAUGGCGCUAAAUACAGGGAAAUUCUUGAGGGAAACCUGUUUCAGUCUUCCAGAGAUUUGAGACUGGGACGGAGGUUCACCUUCCAGCAGGACAAUGACCCUAAGCAUACUGCUAAAGCAACACUCGAGUGGUUUAAGGGGAAACAUUUAAAUGUCUUGGAAUGGCCUACUCAAAGCCCAGACCUCAAUCCAAUUGAGAAUCUGUGGUAUCACUUAAAGAUUGCUUUAUACCAGUGGAACCCAUCCAACUUGAAGGAGCUGGAGCAGUUUUGCCUAGAAGAAUGGGCAGAAAUCCCAGUGGCUAGAUGUGCGAAGCUUUUAGAGACAUACCCCAAGAGACUCGCAGCUGUAAUUGCUGCAAAAGUUGCCUCUACAAAGUAUUGACUUUGGGAGGGUGAAUAGUAAUGGACGCUCAAGUUUUUUUUUUUUUUGGUCUUAUUUCUUGUUUGUUUCACAUGUUGUGUAAAUCAAAUGAUACAAAUGAUACAAACCCCCCAAAAAUCCAUUUUAAUUCCAGGUUGUAAGGCAACAAAAUAGGAAAAAUACCAAGGGGGGUGAAUACUUUCGCAAGCCACUGUACGCUUAUACUUUAUUUAGUGUUGUUUACAUUGUUCCAAAUGGUCAGAAAUGAUAUUGUAAUCUAUACAGCACCUGUUUGGCAUACAUAAUAUGCACUCAGUGCUUGCUCCUUACCUUAUUUUUCUUGAUCUCCAGUAUUAUCCACGACUAAUCUAACCUAUUCCACACAUAUUUUUACCUCCUGAGCAACCUGUAAAUAUUCCCCCUUUUGAGUUUAUCUGUCACGUCCACUGCAUCCAUUUUGCUGUCACAUGUUAUGGUGUUCAGAGUUUGUUAUAACCAAUUUAUUGAUGUGAUUAUGAUAUGCUAUAGGCACGGCCUGACUGCUCAUUAGGCAGGAUUAGGCAGCCGCCUAUGACGGCAGAUUGACUAGGACAGCAUUUUCUGAAAUGGCGCUCAAUCAAAUUAAAAAUGAGCUGUCAUGUUAACAAAGCAACAUAUCCUAAAAACAGGACAGGUCAAAGUAACAUGGACAAUAUGGAAUGGACAAUCACAACUGUUGUCCAGGAGUUUCACCCCAUAGUUAUGAUCAUUGGUUUCAAGUUUGUAUCCGUAAAUUAUUGAAAAUAUGUAUUUGAACCCUUUGAUGCAUACAAUCACAUAUUUGUGGUCCUUGCAGCGUACCAUCACAAAUAUGUGAUUGGAACAGUAGCAACAGAACGUAUGAUGCAACAAACGCAUCUAAACAGCAUUGUUGUCUGAAAAGCAUCUAAACAAUGUUUUGUACAGAUGGGAAAUAAAGGUCUUCACAACUUUAUUCCUCAAUUUCACCUUUUAUUGUAAAAGAUAAAUGCGAACUUCAUCAUCCAAACAUCACACGGAACACAUCCACAGCAAAACCCAUUCCAUAAACCAGUCUAAAUAACAGGUUGCACUGAUAAAUAACUAAGCAUAAGUUAGCGACCUAACAGCUAGACUUGUUUACAAUGUACCACUUCUCUGGUGAGCAAAAGGGAGAAAUGUAAUAUUGUUUAGAAAAGAGAUGCGUGUCAGCUAAGCUAACAGCAGCUAAAUUCUUUAUGAUGGCAGCCAUGUUUGUUUAUGUUUGACAAGCAAAAACUCCCUAACCCCAGAAUGCCACUCACUAUAAGACGCAAAUAAACAAAGUCAAAGUCAAAGAUGGCUGCGCCCAUUGCCUGAAAAAUAUUAACUUAGUUUGGCCACUUUUCAGCAUAUUACAAAUCUUCAAUGUACAUGUUACAGUGUAUACAAGAACCAGAGCACAUGACUUGACAAGUCGUUUACCGUUUUUGACAAAUCACAAAGCAAAUAAAAUGUUAUCAUCGUAUAGAUCAUCACCCCAAAUACAAGCCUACUGCCUAGCCUAACCGUAGCGCGAAAGCUAAACAGGGAUGAAACCAUUUAAGGGGGGUUUGUGGGGGGGUUCAUUUAAUUUGUGGUCCUCUGUAGCUCAAUUGGUAGAGCAUGGCGCUUGUAACGCCAGGGUAGUGGGUUCGAUCCCCGGGACCACCCAUACGUAAACAUGUAUGCGCACAUGACUGUAAGUCGCUUUGGAUAAAAGCGUCUGCUAAAUGGCUUAUUAUUAUUAUUAUUAUUAUUGUGGUGGGGGGUAGAAAUGGGGGAAGGUAUGGUGGGGGGAUAUGAUGCAGGAAAUAUUACUAUGAUGGGCGAUUUAUCAAUAAAUGGGGGGCAAACACAAGAGAAGUUUAUACACUAAAUGAAAAAAGAACCCCUGGAAAGGGGUUCUGCCCUGGCAACCCUGAGGUACCAUAGUUACAAUCUGAUGCAGCGUUCAAAACCGCUGGGAACUGGGAAAUCUCUGACUUCAGUGCGUUCAAGACAACUGGGAACUCUGAAAAAAAUGAGCUCUGACUAGUAAAAAUAGUUUUGAACGGUUAUCCAACAUGGAAUUCCAACUCUUCCAAAACUUGGGAACCAAGCUCGAGUUAUCAGUGUGGACCAAUCACAUGGACAUGUUGAAAUACUGUAUCGUCACGCCUAGAAUAAAAACCUCCAGGCUUCCGUCAUAACCGUCAAUUUAUUGGAAAAAAAAAGAAAGAAUAACGGACAUUCUGGAGUAAUAAUUACAGUGGGGAAGAAAAGUAUUUAGUCAGCCACCAAUUGUGCAAGUUCUCCCACUUAAAAAGAUGAGAGAGGCCUGUAAUUUUCAUCAUAGGUACACGUCAACUAUGACAGACAAAUUGAGAAAAAAAAAUCCAGAAAAUCACAUUGUAGAAUUUGUUAUGAAUUUAUUUGCAAAUUAUGGUGGAAAAUAAGUAUUUGGUCACCUACAAACAAGCAAGAUUUCUGGCUCUCACAGACCUGUAACUUCUUCUUUAAGAGGCUCCUCUGUCCUCCACUCGUUACCUGUAUUAAUGGCACCUGUUUGAACUUGUUAUCAGUAUAAAAGACACCUGUCCACAACCUCAAACAGUCACACUCCAAACUCCACUAUGGCCAAGACCAAAGAGCUGUCAAGGGACACCAGAAACAAAAUUGUAGACCUGCACCAGGCUGGGAAGACUGAAUCUGCAAUAGGUAAGCAGCUUGAUUUGAAGAAAUCAACUGUGGGAGCAAUUAUUAGGAAAUGGAAGACAUACAAGACCACUGAUAAUCUCCCUCGAUCUGGGGCUCCACGCAAGAUCUCACCCCGUGGGGUCAAAAUGAUCACAAGAAUGGUGAGCAAAAAUCCCAGAACCACACGGGGGGACCUAGUGAAUGACCUGCAGAGAGCUGGGACCAAAGUAACAAAGCCUACCAUCAGUAACACACUACGCCGCCAGGGACUCAAAUCCUGCAGUGCAAGAAGUGUCCCCCUGCUUAAGCCAGUACAUGUCCAGGCCCGUCUGAAGUUUGCUAGAGUGCAUUUGGAUGAUCCAGAAGAGGAUUGGGAGAAUGUCAUAUGGUCAGAUGAAACCAAAAUAUAACUUUUUGGUAAAAACUCAACUCGUUGUGUUUGGAGGACAAAGAAUGCUGAGUUGCAUCCAAAGAACACCAUACCUACUGUGAAGCAUGGGGGUGGAAACGUCAUGCUUUGGGGCUGUUUUUCUGCAAAGGGACCAGGACGACUGAUCCGUGUAAAGGAAAGAAUGAAUGGGGCCAUGUAUCGUGAGAUUUUGAGUGAAAACCUCCUUCCAUCAGCAAGGGCAUUGAAGAUGAAACGUGGCUGGGUCUUUCAGCAUGACAAUGAUCCCAAACACACCGCCCGGGCAACGAAGGAGUGGCUUUGUAAGAAGCAUUUCAAGGUCCUGGAGUGGCCUAGCCAGUCUCCAGAUCUCAACCCCAUAGAAAAUCUUUGGAGGGAGUUGAAAGUCCGUGUUGCCCAGCGACAGCCCCAAAACAUCACUGCUCUAGAGGAGAUCUGCAUGGAGGAAUGGGCCAAAAUACCAGCAACAGUGUGUGAAAACCUUGUGAAGACUUACAGAAAACGUUUGACCUGUGUCAUUGCCAACAAAGGGUAUAUAACAAAGUAUUGAGAAACUUUUUGUUAUUGACCAAAUACUUAUUUUCCACCAUAAUUUGCAAAUAAAUUCAUUAAAAAAUCCUACAAUGUGAUUUUCUCGAUUUUUUUUCUCAUUUUGUCUGUCAUAGUUGACGUGUACCUAUGAUGAAAAUGACAGGCCUCUCUCAUCUUUUUAAGUGGGAGAACUUGCACAAUUGGUGGCUGACUAAAUACUUUUUUUCCCCACUGUACAUAACCAACGUUCUCUACUAAUACUAGUCCCGUGCGAAUAGGUCUUUGGUCACGUGCAUGCAAAGCAUACCCGUGUCACCUAAAGAGAGCAAGGGUUGAGGGAAUAGGGAAUGUUUAUCCUCAAAUGAGGGAUUUCGGUAACAACUUUUCAGUCAGAUAUAGCUGUAAUUAUAUUGUUGCUUCAGCAACACGGACAGCCCGAUAAACACUGUUGAUGUUCUGUGGUGUUCGCUGCUGCAGGGAGGAGAGCGAAACAACAGGUGCUAGUCACAGUCACUCUUUUUCAGAGCAGCAAGUCUGAGCCCGGCAGGCACAAUCAAAUCAAUUGCUGGUCGGACUCUCUCUAGUCAUUUGUGUGUCUUAAUUAUUUAAUCAAACCGUGUGCUUAAAGCAUCAGACAAGCUCAGUGAAUAUAGUUGAUUUGAUAAAACAUAUAGGAUGUGUCAAUAUAUGGAAAAAUACACGUUUAAUCCACAGAUGACUCUUGGUCGACCCAAUUUUUUUUGUUGUUGUCUGGGACAGCCCUAUCCCCAAUAUUCUCCUGUUAUAAUUAUUUCCUUAUCUGACCCUUCAAGGUUCACAAUGUCUCUGGUUAGUGUGUGUGUGUGCGUGCGUGCAUCUCCAAACCUUACAAGCAUAAAGCUUCUCAUAUCCUCCUCAUAAUCAUUCCAGGAUCAUAUGUUUGUCAUUAUUUAUCAUCAUGUUACACACUCCUCUGCAAACCUUGGCCCUAGAAGCUGUGAAAACAACCGUCACACACACACACACACCUGCACUCGCUCAACCCCCACUCCUUAUAAAGCUAGCCAAAAAUAAAACAGUGUUAUCAUGGUCAGAAGGAUUCAGGUUAGUCACUCACUACCUAUUCUAUGUUAUCUGACCUUUGAUUUCUAACAGGCUAGGACAGGGUUGUCCAAGAGAUGUUCCAUAACUUGCUAGAAGAUUAACUGUAUUAUGAUAAGAGAACAAAUGUUGAUUUGAUACUGUAUGCAUUGGAAACCUUUCUUGAUACUCUUCCAUAAGUUCAUAUUUUAAAUAUUACCUGAUGAAAUCUCUGAAGUCAAACUCAUUUCCCUUUUUAAUAUGCUCAUAUUGUAAAUAUUACCUGAUGAAAUCUGUGUUUUUAACACUAGAAAGCUUACUCAUGUCCUCGAUUUAUUUAAUAUUGUAUCUAAAGUAACGGAAUAAAUAAUAUUAUCUCUGAAGCCUAACAUAUUUCCUGGUCUCUCUUCUCACCUCAGUGCCGUUAGCAGCGUAUAAAUGGCUGGUGUGUUUCCUACUAAGAGAGAGCGAGAGGAGACUGGCUCAGGAGAAGGCUUCUGGCAAGGCUGACUUUGAGGCCCGCAACAACAGCCAGGUAAAUAGUACACACACACACACACACACACACACACACACACACACACACACACAACGCACGCAUGCACACACACAACAGGAGGGGAGUAAGGUCAGAUAAAACACUGAACUACUGGUCAUCCACUUUCAUCUUCAUCAUCAUCAUCAUCAUCACCUUUUGUGAUUUUAUUUUAACAUUAUACAGCUGUCUUUACAUUGAUGUCAUUACAUUUCAGUAGCUGAAAGUCCACGUAAGGUACUGUAGUUCUGGUCUAUCUGCUUCUCUACAGGCACGUGUACCAACCAAGUGCUUCUAGAACAGUCAUUAGCUAGGAUUCCAUCCAAUCGGCGACAGAUUUUCAUGUAAAUAUUCUAAAACAAUAUGCGCAUUUUCCCACCAGAGAUGUGUUUCCAUAAAUGUGACUUGUUGCGGAUGAAAGGCUGUGCGUCAUGACGUAGUGCACAUAAAAAUAACUUUUGCGGUUAAAUUCCCAUGUACCAAAUAAAAAAUACAAGUUAAAUGGACUUCCAUCGCAUUUUCAGCUCUACUGAUGGUUUUGUCUCAAAAACUGUUGCGAUAUAUAACAAAUGUGCCCACUUUGGUCUUGGCACAUGCGCUCUAGCCCAGGUGUUUUCAAACUGGAGUCCAAGCCCCCCCCCCCGGCGGUACUGCAUGAGAUUUGUUUUAUGUGACAAAUUAUUAUUUAAUGAAUAUUGCUAGCUGCAACAGAAUACUAUCGUGGAUACCAUUUUUCUAUCUCUGCGUCCAUUAUGAAGGAAGUUAUAGGUAGUUUCACGAGCCAAUGCUAACUACUGUUAGCGCAAUUACUGGAAGUCUACAGGAACAGUUAGCAUGCUAGCUGUUCCUGUUCAUCCGACUCUGGGGAAGUAGAUUAAGUUAAUUUGCUGAAUUUCUUUCCUUCUUAAUGCGUUUGAGCCAAUCAGUUGUGUUGUGACAAGGUAGGGGUGUAUACAGAAGAUAGCCCUAUUUGGUAAAAGACCAAGUCCAUAUUAUGGCAAGAACGGCUCAAAUAAGCAAAGAUAAAUGAUAGUCCAUCAUUACUUUAAGACAUGAAGGUCAGUCAAUCCAGAAGAUUUCAAGAACUUUUAAAGUUUCUUCAAGUGCAGUCGCAAAAACCAUCAAGCGCUAUGAUGAAACUGGCUCUCAUGAGGACCGCCACAGGAAUGGAAGACCCAGAGUUACCUCUGCUGCAGAGGAUAAGUUCAUUAGAGUUACCAGCCUCAUAAAUUGCAGCCCAAAUAAAUGCUUCACAGAGUUCAAGUAACAGACACAUCUCAACAUCAACUGUUCAGAUGAGACUGUGUGAAUCAGGCCUUCAUGGUUAAAUUGCUGCAAAGAAACCACUACUAAAGGACACCAAUAAGAAGAGACUUGCUUGGGGCAAGAAACACGAGCAAUGGACAUUAGACCGGUGGAAAUAUGUCCUUUGGUCUGGAGUCCAAAUUUGAGAUUUUUGGUUCCAACCGGUGUGGGUGAACGGAUGAUUUCCGCAUGUGUAUUUCCCACCGUAAAACAUGGAGGAGGAGGUGUUAUGGUGUGGGGGUGCUUUGCUGGUGAUACGGUCUGUGAUUUAUUUAGAAUUCAAGUCACACUUAACCGGCAUGGCUACCACAUAAUUCUGCAGCGACACGCCAUCCCAUCUGGUUUGGGCUUAGUGGGACUAUCAUUUGUUUUCCUCCAGGCUGUGUAAGGGCUAUUUUACCAAGAAGGAGAGUGAUGGAGUGCUGCAUCAGAUGACCUGGCCUCCAAAAUCCCCUGACCUCAACCAAAUUGAAAUCGUUUGGGAUGAGUCGGACGGCAGAGUCAAGGAAAAGCAGGCAACAAGUGCUCAGCAUAUGUGGGGACUCCUUCAAGACUGUUGGAAAAGCAUUCCAGGUGAAGCUGGUUGAGAGAAUGCCAAGAGUGUGCAAAGCUGUCAUCAAGGCAAAGGGUGGCUAUUUGAAGAAUCUCAAAUCUCAAAUAUAUUUUGAUUUGUUUAACACUUUUUUGUUUACUACAUGAUUCCAUAUGUGUUAUUUCAUAGUUUUGAUGUCUUCACUAUGUAGAAAAUAGUAAAAAUAAAGAAAAACCCUUGAAUGAGUAGGUGUUCAAAAACUUUUGACCGGUAGAGUAUAUUUUAAUAAUACCAUAUUUGAGAACUAACAAUCAAGUCAGAGCUAGUCAGGGAGAAUAGAAAAUUCCCAAAACCAUGCAUUCAGUCUACAUGCCCAUUGAUUUUGUUAUAAUGUUUGAGCAGAGGAACACAGCAUUAGCCAUGGCAAAAUGCAUAGAAUUGCAGGAGAAUUGCACCUUUUUAAAACAGCAAAAUUGUCUCUCAGCUCCAUGCCGAACUGUGUAGAAUUGCUGGAAAUUAGCAUCAAAACUACAAAAUGUUAUCUCAGCUCAAUAAAAAAAAAAUUUGAAUAGCAGAAAAUUAGCUUUACAACAGCAACGUUUUGGGUCGCUGGAGUGCCUGGGCAGGGGUCCCUGGGCAAGAAAAGUUUGAAAACCCCUGCUCUAGCCAACAGCUUGCAGAUAUAGUGCGGGUGGGCUAGCCUACAUGAUGAGACACUGACCACUUAUCAUGGACAUUUUGCUGUUAUUGUUAAUUACUAUAAAUAGCCUAUAGGGCCCUACUAGUUCGAAAUUAAAUAAGCUUGCUAAUAUGGGUGAUUGUUAUUGGGACAAUUGAUAGCUACAUCAUCAAAAGUAGUAGUAGUUUUAAGGGUAAUACAAAAAAGAUUGCUGUGGUGCACAUUAAUCGUUCAAUUUAUCGUUUUCGUGAUAAUUCAGUCAAUUUAUUGUGAUAUGUAUUUUUCUCCUAAUCGCCCAGCUCUAGUGUGUGUGUAUUUGUGUGAAGAGUGAGCGUUUGCUUUGGCAGCCUUCUUAGGCCAGUUGGCUCAGCGUGUCUGGCUGUGGUGUUGUCCUAACCCGAACCCUGUAUCCUGUUGGCUUAGAACAAGGAUUAGCUAAAGACGGCUAUAGUCUCAACUUACACUCGACUAAUAACAAAUGUGUUUAUAACUGCUAAAUCAGAUGAAUCAGAAUGUGUUUUGACAUAUCUCGUAUGUUGCUGACUGGCUCCAGUUUUUGCAUGGUUAAUGUCUGAUAAGACUACUUCGUACCGAUAUGGUAGGCUAAUUCAUGAUUGCCUGCAAUUAUAACCCCUCAUAGGAACCGAACCCACUGCUGCUAGCAAGAGGGUUCUUUGCAACAAUUCAGACAGCGAAGUACCUAGUGAAGAACCCUCUCCAAGAAAAGGGUUAUUUGAUUAGAAAUAGUGCGACAUAGAACCAUGGCUCACUUCAAAUAAAUUCUCAAGAACCCUUUUUUUCUAGAGUGUAUUUGAACUCCACUAUGUUGCCACACUAUGACUAAAGCAAGUUAUAACUCCACUAUGUUGCCACACUAUGACCAAAACAAGUUUGAACUCCACUAUGUUGCCACACUAUGACCAAAACAAGUUUGAACUCCACUAUGUUGCCACACUAUGACCAAAACAAGUUUGAACUCCACUAUGUUGCCACACUAUGACCAAAACAAGUUUGAACUCCACUAUGUUGCCACACUAUGACCAAAACAAGUUUGAACUCCACUAUGUUGCCACACUAUGACCAAAACAAGUUUGAACUCCACUAUGUUGCCACACUAUGACCAAAACAAGUUUGAACUCCACUAUGUUGCCACACUAUGACCAAAACAAAUUUGAACUCCACUAUGUUGCCACACUAUGACCAAAACAAGUUUGAACUCCACUAUGUUGCCACACUAUGACCAAAACAAGUUUGAACUCCACUAUGUUGCCACACUAUGACCAAAACAAGUUUGAACUCCACUAUGUUGCCACACUAUGACCAAAACAAGUUUGAACUCCACUAUGUUGCCACACUAUGACCAAAACAAGUUAGAACUCCACUAUGUUGCCACACUAUGACCAAAACAAGUUUGUUUUCAUAUUCGGUCUAUUAAGUGUCAGUGUUUUUAGGAUUUUUUAAAUAUAUUUUUUUCAUCACUGAUGAUGACUUCACCCAUUGUUAUAGAGGGACAGAUGAACUGACUGACCUAAUAGAAGGAGGAAAAAAAGUCCACAGAGGAGGUACAGCCAGAGAGCGACCUCAUACCCACACCUGGGUUCAAAUAGGUGAGCCUUUGCUUGAGCUAGAUGGGUGGGAGUUUGCACUUUUGGGACUAUUCCAUCAGUACCUUUUGGUUCCGCUGCGCAGGCAAGCUCAAUCAAGCUAAUCAAGCUCAGCUAAAAGUAUUGGAAAGUAAAUAAAUACUAUUUGAACCCAGGUCUGGUGUGAAAGGACAUGCAGGGAGGAGGCAGAUCCAGAGUUAUCUCGUACCCAGACCAGGGGACUAGGCGGGGAACACAGCGACCUUGGCAGAGUGGUAGAGGGGUUCAGAGGCGUGGGAGAGGAUCUGUGUUCUCUCUGCCAACAUGGAAAAGGAAGGAUGGGCAUCGCCCAGUCAAGGCCAGACAAGGGGAGAGGCACAGACACACAAUUCAAUACCAGGGCUGGGAAUGGGGUUAUGAUAACUGGAGGGGGGAUGUUUGGUUCAGUCUAACUUCUGCAGUGUUUGGAAAUUGGAAUCUAAUAACGCUGUUUUGUCUCCUGCUCUCUCUCUCUCUCUAUGUGUGUGUGCGAUUAGCUUGGAAUAACUUUUUUGUCACUUUUUAUGUCAUUCCUGCAUUUAAAAAAAAGUUACUUGUACUAUGUUGUGUUUCUGUGUGUGUUGUGUGUGUGUGUGUCUGUACCUAUCCAGGUGUUCUACUGCCGUUCCUUGUCCAUCGUGUACAUAGAGCACACCGUGGUGCAGAGGUUCCACGACCAGACCCAUGACGAGAACACACCGGCUGGUCUCAGACCAGUUCUUAAACAGCUCUGUGCCCUCUACAGCUUGUGGACCCUCAGCAACCACAUGGCCACGCUGUACCAGGGUCAGGUUCAUUUGAGAGCUUGCCGUCUUUCUCAUUAAAGUUUGACUUCCCCUGGGCCCAUAUUCAUAUAGGGUCUUUACAGAAGGAGUGCUGAUCUAAGAUCAGAUUAACCUUUUACAUAAUAAUGAAUAAGAUAACAUGGACCGGGCAGGCCUGAUCCUAUAUCAACACCUACUCUGAGACACUUGAUACAUACGGCCCCUGGUCGACUUCUCCCAAAGACUGUAUCCUUUUGAGAGUUGAGCAUGCCUGAUUAUGUAUUAUAUUCUGUGUGUUUGUGUGUGUGUGUGUGUGUGUGUGUGUGUGUGUUGUUGUUGUGUUCCUCCAGGUGGUUAUUUCUCUGGUUGGGAGCCAGCUGAUUGGAUCCAGCAGGCCAUCCUCACCCUCUGCUCUCAGGUCAGUUCUCAUAUGAACUAAUUCAUGCACUAGGGUUGGGCGGUAUCCAGAUUUUCAUUUUCAAGGGGCGCAAACAAUAUUCUUGAUCCAGUAAGGGAUUGACAUCUAGCCACUUAGCUAGAAAGUUAGCAAACCAAAUGCAUAGCUGGAGUACUGAGCUGGAUAUAAUUUAUUUCACACAUCUUAGAUUUCUUAUAGUUAUACUUAACUUUUAGUUAGUUAUAAGCAGUGGCUUAUUAUAAUUUUUUUUAACAGUAUUGAAAAUCAUACCGUCGGUAUUUAGAAAUAUCCCGGUGUAUACGGUAUAAACAGUAUAUUGCCCAAGCCUAAGAUGCACACACACAAAUGAGAUUGGCCUAAAUAACCCAUUAAAUGUCAUGUGGUCUUGAGUUGUUUGGUUUGGAGGACUGAGGGGGAUGACCUCAAAGGUGUUUGUUGGCUUGUAGUGUGCUCUCUUCAGAGUGCAAUCACUGUGUUUGUCUGUGUUUAUCUGUGUGUAUACUCUCUCUCUCCUUCUCUCCCUCCAUUCUUCCCACUAAUCCCUCUCUCCUUCUCUCCCUCUAACAGCUGAAGGAUGAGGCCAUAGCUUUGGUGGACGCCGUCGCCCCUCCUGACUUCAUUCUCAACUCACCCAUUGGCAAGGCAGACGGGGAGGUAAGACAAGUCAGGCGUGUGGAAUAUAAUAAUAAUAAUAAUAUGCCAUUUAGCAGACGCUUUUAUCCAAAGCGACUUACAGUCAUGUGUGCAUACAUUUUUGUGUAUGGGUGGUCCCGGGGAUCGAACCCACUACCCUGGCGUUACAAGCGCCGUGCUCUACCAGCUGAGCUACAGAAGACCACAUAUAUGAAUAUGUCAGCGUCAGAGUCCUAUAUGGAUCUGGUUAGUUCUUAGCUGUCAUCUCUCAUCUAACCCUAAUCCAGUGCAUUUAAAGUGCAUUUUAGACACAGUCACAACUCAUUAUACAAAAACAAAAAUGGAAAUAUGAAAGGUUAAAAUAGAAACAGAGGAGCCGAAUGAGAUGGGGGAGCUAUGGCUGCUUAACUUGCAGGAACAAAGCGUUACACACACGCGCACACAUUUGUCUGGUCUUACUCAUUUACCCUACUUUUAAAUGGCUGGAGGUUAGUUAAGAUGCCAAACUGCCAACUCCUAAACACACUGUAUAUGAAUGCAUGAUCUAUUAAAACACAUAAUCCUUUCAGUGCUCUUCUGUUUGGAUAAUGAAUAACACUAGGCUUAAUACUCAUCCAUUGAUUAAAUCAUGUCUGUUUUGAGUAAUGCUAGUAAGCUAUUCAUCCAUGAACUCAGACAGUGCUCUUGUGUUUGAAGGAUCUGUGGAGACUAACAACAAUGUUUGAGACACUGAGUUUCCACAAAUACCAUCACAAUGGACUAAAUAGCAAAAGGUCUCAAUCAAACAAUACAGAGUGUUCUGCUAUUAACCUACUCUUAAAGGAUGUGUGGGAACGCUUUUUUUUACUGGAACAGAGAGGGAGGAGAGGUCCAGAGGCUGCUGUCAUCUUCCAGUAAACACACUGACCCAAACCUAUAAACAUACAGGCUCAAGUGUGUCGGCCAGGAGUGAGGUUGGGGAGGGACAGUGUGUGUGUCUGUGUGUCUGUGUGCGGGUGUGUCAGCCAGGAUAAUGCAUUACUAAGGAGGGACGGCGUCAGAGUGUGUGUAUGACCCUUUAACUGUGGUGUCAUCUGUUUUGAUAGGAGUCUGGCUUUCAAAUGCUCCUCUUGUCUUUCUGGGCUCAGAAAAGGGAUGCUGUGUUUUCACUCUGAAGACUCACAGCUGCUUUAGUUGGCAGACAGUACUAACACACAUAAACACACACACACACACACACUUGGAGAUCUAUGUUAAUAAUACUGGACCUGGAGACAGUGGGAUAAACAUGCCUUCCUAGCUGUGCUGAGUAGUAGAAUAAAUCUGUAACACUGUAAGCAAAUCUAAGUUGAUCAUUAAUCAAUGUCUUUAUCACCAUUGUUAUUUAAUAGUGAUACUAAUAGUAGAACAACAGAACAGUCACAGAAGCAUGAGAUGGAGUUCUAUACUGUAGUGAUGGUAGUAGUGGUGGUGAUGGUGGUAGUGGUGGUGAUGGUGGUGGUAGUAGUAGUAGUGAUAGUAGUAGUGGUGGUGAUGGUGGUAGUAGUGGUGAUAGUAGUAGUAGGGGUAGUACUGGUAGUAGCAGGAAUAGUGUAUGUCUUAACUGCUUUUGCUAGUAGCCUUGCUAUAAUGCAUGUUCGCAGGUGCAAGUUUCAGAGCAGACGUUUAACUACAUUAGGGUUGAUUUAUGGUGUCGUUGAAGCAAUGGCAUUUCCUUCCAACCUUACGCAAUGGUGUGAGUCUGACACUCUGCUCCCUGGCUGUGUGCUGUAUAAGAAACAUUUAGCUUUUUGACAUUUAGCUUUAGUGUGUGUGAGACAUACACUAUAUCUACAAAAGUGUGUGGACAUCCCUUCAGAUGAGUGGAUUCGGCUAUAUCAGCCACAUCCAUCUGACGGGUGUAUAAAAUCGAUAAAAUUAUAAAUAAAAUAAAUUGGUCAUUUAGCAGACGCUCUUAUCCAGAGCGACUUACAGGAGCAAUUAGGGUUAAGUGCCUUGCUCAAGGGCACAUCAACAGGUUUUUCACCUUGUCGGCUCGAGGAUUAGAACCAGCGACCUUUCGGUUACUGCCACAACGCUCUUAACCACUAAGCUACCUGCCGCCCCGAUCACACAGCCAUCGAUCACACAGCCAUGCAAUCUCCACAGACAAACAUUGGCUCAGUGACUUUCAACGUGGCACCGUCAUAGGAUGCCACUUUUCCAACAAGUCAGUUUGUAAAAAUCCUCUAUCCUCGGUUGCAACACUCAGUACCGAGUUCCAAACUGCCUCUGGAAACAACGUCAGCACAAUAGCUUUUCGUUCGGGAGCUUCCAUGGCCAAGCAGUUGCACACAAGCCUAAGAUGACCAUGUGCAAUGCCAAGCGUUGGCUGGAGUGGUGUAACGCUCAGUGGAAUUGCGUUCACUGGAGUGAUGAAUCACGCUUCACCAUCUGGCAGUCCGACGGAAAAAUCUGGGUUUGGCGGAUGCCAAGAGAACUCUACCUGCCCCAAUGCAUAGUGCCAAUUGUUAAAGUUUGGUGGAGGAGGAAUAAUGGUCUGAGGCUAUUUUUCAUGGUUCGGGCUAGGCCCCUUAGUUCCACUGAAGGGAAAUCUUAACGCUACAGCAUACAAUGACAUUCUAGACGAUUCUGUGCUUCCAACUUUGUGGCAACAUUUUGGGAAAGGCCCUUUUCUGUUUCAGCAUGCAAUGCCCUCGUGCACAAAGUGAGGUCCAUACAGAAAUGGUUUGUCGAGAUCGGUGUGGAAGAACUUCACUGGCCUGCACAGAGCCCUGAACUCAACCCUAUCGAACACCUUUGGGAUGAAUUGGAACGCUGACUGCGAGCCAGGCCUAAUCGCCCAACAUCAGUGCCGACCUCACUAAAGCUCUUGUGGCUGAAUGGAAGCAAGUCCCCACAGCAAUGUUCCAACAUCUAGUGGAAAGCCUUCCCAGAAGAAUGGAGGCUGUUAUAGCAGCAAAGGGGGGACCAUGAUUUUGGAAUGAGCUGUUCGACAAACAGGUGUCCACAUACUUUUGGUCAUGUAGUGUAUUUAGUUGUCUGUAUAUUAGGUAGAAACACAUUCUUUUUUAAUUACAUUGACAUUUAGCUUAACAUGAUCCAGAGACUCAUAACAAAUGUCGAGUGAUGUAGAUCACCACGACAACACCCACCCAAACCCAUAUCAAGUGUGGGCCAAGCAGUACUAACUAAUGCUAUACCGGUGAGGUCAGUGAGAUAGUGUCUGCAUCCCAAAUGGCACCCUAUUCCCUUUAUAGUGCAAUAUUAUUUCCAGAGCCCAGUGCACUAUAUAGGGAAUAGGGUGCCAUGUGGGAUGCAGUCAUGGUGUGAGUGACUGGACCAUUACAAUAACAUAAGCCAUGCAUUGUCCAAUCAACACCCUGCCUGAGGUGUUGCCGAGGCAACACAGUGCUGGAAAUUGAGCCCAGAAGCACAGGGAAUUCCAGAACUUCCUAGAAAUUCUUAUAGAAUGGGGUUGGAAGCAUUGAGGGGAAUAGACAAUGAUAUACAGUACCAUAUGUAUGUCUAUAGCUAGAAGAUAGGGGUCAAAUGUACCUUGCAUAUACUAAACAAAUGGACCAUAAUGAUUUGUGAUAAUAACAAUACCCAUGAGCACUGGAUACUUGACUUGCCAUAAAGGCCUUAUAACAAUAUAAAUUAUAAACAUAUCAUAACAUAUUGUAAUCAUUAGUGUGUGUGUGUGUGGUCUGUCUCUAACCCCCUGUUGAGGUCAGUAAAUCAUAGAAAUCAGAUAAAAGACUUAAUGCUUCUUCUCACUCCUGUGUUGUAUACACUAAACAAAAAUAUAAACGCAACAUGUAAAGUGUUGGUCCCAUGUUUCAUGAGCUGAAAUAAAAGAUCCCCAACAUUUUCCAUAUGCACAAAAAGCUUAUUUCUCUCAAAUUAUGUGCACAAAAUGUUUACAUUCCUGUUAGGGAGCAUGUAUCCUUGCCAAGAUAAUCCAUCCACCUGACAGGUGUGGCAUAUCAAGAAGCUGAUUAAAUAGCAUGAUCAUUACACAGAUGCACCUUGUGCUGGGGACAAUAAAAGGCCACUCUAAAAUGUGCAGUUUUAUCACAAAACACAAUGCCACAGAUGUCUCAAGUUUUGAGGGAUUGUGCAAUUGGCAAGCUGACUGCAGGAAUGUCCACCAGAGCUGUUGCCAGAUAAAUUAAUGUUCAUUUCUCUACCAUAAGCCGCCUCCAACGUCGUUUUAGAGAAUUUGGCAGUACGUCCAACCGCCCUCACAACUGCAGACCACGUGUAUGGCGUGGUGUGGGCGAGCGGUUUAGCAAUAGGUUAUGGCAAAAGUCUGACAUUCUCCAUCACUUCCCUAUGAAAGCCAUUAUUUGUCCAUGAGCAAUGCAUGACAAUUAAGAUUAGUUGAUUUUGACCUUUAUGAUUUUGCUGUUAAUGCCAACAGUUCUUCAAGUUACUUGCCCCAAUUACGCACAGCAAACCACCACUAGGAUUCCAGCAUGUUACUAAAAAAGAAUAAAUCAUCAAUUUGAAAUCUUGUCAUAGUCACACAAUACACUUUGUCCUAUCAAUUCUUGAUGGUUUUGUUCUCCUGUGUUCUAGCUCUAUAAGAACAUGUGGUCCACGGUGAUGCAGGGGAACAAGGUUCUAGAGCGCCCUUCCUGGUGGGCAGAGUUUACCUCAGACAAGCCUGUGGUGGGUUCCCUUCGACCCAAGCUGUAG